UCUGAGAGCGCGCGACAAGUUUAAAUGAUGCGCAGAACUUGCGCGAAAUUCUAAAUUCGAAUACUUCGUGAUUUCCUUUUUAUUUUUUUUAUUAUCCAUGAAUAGAAAGCCAGGAUGGUGAAGUGUUUUAUUUUAUUGCUUCUGGUGACUUUCACUAGCACAGAGGACUUACAACGUCAGACGCGAGGAAUAUAUUCGAAGAAUUUCUUUGGAGGGGUUUGGGGCAAUCGUCCACCGCUGUUGGAACGAAACCAGGCCAGGACUUCGUGUAAUUGCAAAUGUGGCGAAAGGAAUGACGUAUCCCGUAUCGUAGGCGGGACUGAUGCUGCAAUCAAUGAGUUUCCUUGGAUAGUCAAACUAUCUUAUUUCAAGCGAUUCUACUGUGGUGGUACAGUUAUUAACGACAGAUAUGUGGUAACAGCAGCUCAUUGUGUUAAAGGAUUUAUGUGGUUCAUGAUCAAAGUGACCUUUGGGGAACACAACCGCUGCAACGCGACCACUCGACCGGAAACGAGAUUCGUCAUUCGCGUAAUAGCCAACAAGUUCAGCCUCACCAAUUUUGACAAUGACAUUGCGCUACUUCGCCUCAAUGAUAGGAUCCCGAUGUCUGCUGCCAUCAAGCCGAUUUGUCUUCCAUCUGAUCCAUCGAGUACAUUCGUCGGUGUAUUAGCCGUUGCAUCAGGUUGGGGAACUCUCACAGAAGAGGGCAAGGUGUCCUGCACUCUCCAGGAGGUAGAAGUUCCAGUAAUCAGCAACAAAGAGUGCAAGAACACAAAAUACUCUUCGUCCAUGAUCACGGAUAACAUGAUGUGUGCUGGAUAUCCGAAGACAGGACAAAAAGAUUCUUGCCAGGGCGACAGUGGAGGUCCACUCAUUGCAAUAAGCAAAGACAGUAAGAGAGACAAGCGAUAUGAACUCAUUGGUGUUGUGUCCUGGGGCAACGGUUGCGCUCGCAUCGGUUAUCCAGGUGUAUACACUCGCGUCACGAAAUAUCUCGCCUGGAUAAAGGAGAAUACCGUCGAUGGGUGUUACUGUUCCGAUUAAUUAUUGUCAAAAAUAUUGUAUAAUAAAUUUAUUGUAAUUCUUCUUCAAAAAGCAAAUCAGUCUUCACUGCCAUAACAUCGCUUAGCCAGAACAUCGCUUACAUUAAAACAGUCAAAUAAGACUGAUUUAGUUUUUAUAAGUAUUUAUAUAUUACAUAUUUAUAAAGGUUUAGCUGAGCACGGGGACAAAUUAUCUCCGCUAACAGGCUUAAUUAAUUUGUGUUCAUACAAUUUUCCAACACUUUUCCGAUAGCUUGACAAUUUGAAGGAUACUGCAAGCGCGUUAAUAUCUAAUAGUUUGAUAUUGUAAAACAAAAGAAGAUCGAAAUUAUUAUUGAUGAAAUUAAAAAGAGCUUAUUAAUAAAGCUUAUAUUUGAAAAAUCUAAUUAUAAAUCAUUCACGUUUAAACAAAUCAUCGUUUCCAUGAAUCAUGAAUUGUUUUUGUUACUAGACUUUGCUGGUACAUAAGAAGUAGGCGCUUCUGAAAUAAUAUUUGUUAUGAUUGUAAAGCUAUACUUAAGUUUCCGGAGAAGUUGUCCAGCGAGAGACGCCUAAGCCUUCUAAGCAAAUAAAGUCCCUUUUUAGGAAGAGGGAGUUUUGACACUUCCCUGUUGCCUAGGUUUUCGACCACAGAUCUGCCUGAUCGCGUACCUGUAAGGCUACUAUGUCCUAUAAAAAGCUACACUUAAAGUUAUGUAACGUACAUCAUUAUCACUGAUAAUUUCAAGAAAUAUAUAUA